AUGACGCCACCGAAGUCAGCUUCGGAGGUGGUCAAGUUGCCAACGCUAGAAUCUAAAAGAUUCUUGCGAGAUCUGCGUUGUGAAAAGAUCAAGCAGAUCUGCGUACUCGUCACAGAGGACGAGUACGUCGCCGAUAUUCGGUCGGCACAAGUGUUUGCUGAGAACGAAAGAUUUCUCAGUAGCUCACCGAUGGACGAGAGUGUCCUCGAUGAGAAGACCCGGAUCGAGCGAUACACGUCUCGAUCUUGGGAGUCUUUGAAGACAAAUCCUUUGUAUAAGGAUUUGGUUGAAUUCAGGGAUGUUUUCCCUGAAACCGUGCCAUACGAGCUGCCCAAAGACAAAGGCACUCGGCAUGAAAAAUCGAACUGA